AUGAGCUCCACGUCAUCACUGUCGCGAGAGGAAUGUCGACAAAUCGUCAAGAGGCACCUGCAGAGGGACGACUUCGAGUUGGCUUGGUUUGCAGUGGCUCCCCUUAGCUCAGACAUGAAGGGCUUCAUGGGCGAUCACCUGAAGCUGCGCGUAUCUGUCUCGCUAGGCGACAGGGAGAGGGAAGGUGCCAAGACCACCGAACUGCAGUUCUUUGUCAAGUCGGUGCCUCUAGAUGACAUCUUCAGGAGGAAUUUAGCAAUGUCCACUACUGGCUAUCAGAAGGAGAUCCUCUUCUACGGUGAUCUCCUUAGGGACGUGCAGAAACACCUGCGCUGCUCGGAGUACGAGGCUGCUACGUACCUGGGCACCGUCCCUAAGUGCUACUACUUGCGGCCGGAUUUGCUGGUGUUGGAGGACCUGGCAUUGGCCGGCUACCACAUGCUGGACCCCAAAAAGCCACUGGACGUUCGGCAGUGCGAGUGCGUGCUGAAGGCGCUGGCGCGGCUCCAAGCCACGUCCAUCGUGUUCGAGGAGCGAGAGGGCCGGCGACUAUCUGAUAAGUACCCGCUGCUUGCGGAGGAGUCUCUCUUCUGCAGCAAAUCGGACUCUCAACUUUACAUCGCACACUCCAUCAGCCGCCGCGAUACGCACGAUUUGCUGGACCUCGUACCUCGCUUCGCACCGGGCACGCCGCACAACAGAAGUCUACACAGUCUCCUCGACACUGCUAUGGAAUCGGUUUAUGAACUCUUGAAACCAAGUGGCAAGUAA